AUGAACAGAUUAAUCAAUGAAAAUGAGGCUAAUAAAAUUAUUGAAACAGAAAAUGAAGAUUUAUAUUCACUACCGAAUCCAUAUUCAUAUAUUCACCAUUUGCCUGGAUUAGAAAUUAAUAAAAUCCCAGAAAACGCUCAAAACAAUCCAAAUAUAUUAGCUGAUAAUAAUUCGGAUGAGAAUACCGCUGGCUUGGUUAAUAAGAGAGGCAGACCGAAAUUGGAUAACAUUUCUUACCUUAUGCUAAAAGGGAAAGUUACACCUCACAAAAUACGUUGCCAAAUAUGCCAAAGGAUAUUUCCAAGAGAAAAAUCGCUUAAAGCUCAUACUAGAACUCACACAGGCGAAAAACCAUUUGCUUGUUAUUUCAAUGAUUGUAAUAAAUCAUUUGCUCAAAGUGGACAAUUGAAAACACAUCAAAGAUUACAUACUGGGGAAAAACCUUUUGUGUGCACAUAUCCAGGUUGUAAAACUAAAUUUGCUCAUCCAAAUAGAAUAUGUCCUGAACAUCCUUUCAUUUCAUUGAAACGAUUUGAUAAAGCAUCAACAAAUAGAAACAUAUUUUCACAAGAAUCUAAAAAAUUUAAAAAGUCAGAUUUCUCCAAAAUAUCAAAAUUGAAAGAGACUAAAGACAAGGAAAAUAUAUGCCCUACACUGAAUACAAUCAAAAGUUCUACACAAUCCUUUUACCAUGCCCCUUAUAAUAAUACCUUACAUAUAAAUCAACCUAUUUUGGAGAAUAUGGAGAAAAAUUUACAUCAAAAUGUUCCAAAAUUAUAUGAGGAAACCAAUUUUGUUCACAAAAAAUAUAUAAAAACAGUUAAAUAUAACCUCCAAACCAAAGAAUAUAAUGAUAAACUAAAUGUGGCAUUAGCUUUGAUACAAUUAUCUUCAUCCUGA